AUGUUGAUACAUACGGUGUUACUAGUUACAGUUUUGAUACCAUGUGUACAACUGAAGAUACAAUAUCUGCCAAACGUUGAACAAGAAAAUAUUAAAUUUGAAGAAUAUUUGAAGCAACUAAAUUUUACUUUGGAGAAUGACAAAAAUUGCAUUGCUAUAGUACAUUCGAACAUCUCUCAAGCAGAAGAUAUAAUAAACAAUUGGCAAAUAACCGAAAAAUUGGCUGUACAAGUAUUAAAUGCACCAAUAAGGCAUUUUUCAAAAAAUAAUACCUUAUACGAACACGCAAUUUUAUUUGUGAAAAAUAUACAAGAAAUUCAUGACUUAACAAAUAGAUUUCUAAAUCAACCCACUGUAUGGUAUAGUGAUCCCAAAUAUCAUGUUUUGCUAUUAGAAGCCAACAAUAUGAUCAACCUAACUAGAGAAUUAAACUUACUUUGGGAAAAUCAUAGGAUUUUAAACUUUAUUCUAAUAUUUGUGAACAAAUCUAAAAAUUUACAGAAAAUCUAUUACAAUGUUUUCAACAAAAAGCUAUCAAAAAUUCCUCAAAAUACUAACAAAAUUAUAGAUAUGGAAGGAUACAAAAUCCGAACUCCAAUGGAUCGUUCUUCAAAAGUGAACGCUAUUUAUGAAAAUGGAAAAUGCAUUGCAGGAAGAGUUUGCAACUUGAUGAAUCCAUUUUUGAAACUUUUUAAAGCUGGAAUAGAGCUAGUUAUUCCAGAAGGAAACGAAAGAAUGUCGUAUUAUAACACCAAACUCGAUUUGUUAAGCAAAAAAAUUGAUAUAAGUUUCUCCGAAUGGUUUUAUACAACAGAGUACAGAAUUUACGCUUCAUAUUCUAUAAAACCAUUUUUGUUAGUUGGAGUAGUACCCAAAGCACCAGUAUUACCUCCAUUAGUAACCUUAUUCUUCAUUUUCGACAUUUAUGUUUGGAUUUUAAUUAUAAUAUCGAAAAUAGUGUUCUUGUAUUUCAAUUACGUUUUUCAAAUGAUUCAAUUAAAACGUGCUCUCAAAUUCAUACUAUUAGGCAGCUCCGUUUACACAAUUAUCUUUCAAAAUACUUUUCAAGGAGCUGUUAUCACAGCUUUGACCACUCCUAAAUUUUUUAGAGAUAUUAACAAUGUGGACGAAUUGGCUUGUAGUGGAUUGAAAGUAUAUGGAGAAAUAGCUUGGCGGGAGUAUUUGCCUGAGAAAUUAAACAUAACUGAUAUGAACUAUAAAGUCAUUGGAUAUUAUAUUUGGACCUUGAAGGAAACUCAAGCAAGCUAUUUAACAUCGGACUACUGGGGGAAAAAUCUACUAUUAAACAAAACCAGGGAAGGAAAAUAUUAUUCACAAUAUUACCAUUUGACGAAAGAUGCUUUAGGUCCAGGAAGAAUUACUUAUCUGUUGGCCAGAAAUUCACCCUUCAAGAAAUACUUUAAUACUUUUUUAUUUCUAAUGAAUGAUUUUGGUAUGUUUUUACCAUUUGCAGAACAAGAGUAUCGAUAUAAAAAUGAGGCAGCUGCUGGUACUACAUUGAAUUUGGAACAUUUGUAUGGAGCAUUUUUAUUGCUGAUUUGCGGCCUUUGCUUCAGUAUGUUGGUGUUCUGGUGCGAAAUAAUUUGGAAUAAGAAAUAUUGAUGAAAUCUUAGUGAAGAAGCAAAAUAUAUUAUUAGUUAUUUUAGUUAACAAAUAGUCAGUCAUAUAGAUAAAGCAUAGCAAAUGUUUUUACUCUACCUGCAACUCUUUUUGCUGCAUUAAAGCUGAAUAUGUUUAUCUCAAAAAACUUAAGUAAAAUCAUUUGCUUCUGUUUUAUUCAUAUAAGUCAAUAUUUCAAAAUAUAUAUUGUGAC